AUUUGAGGGUUAUGUGAAUUUACUUCUGUGAAUUUACUUCUGUGAUAUUUGAUUCUAUAAUAUAUAAUUCUAUAAUAUUCAGUAUAUUAUUAGAAAAGCAAGAUGACAGACAAUGAUCUUGUUGGAUUCGCUGACCCAAAUGCGGUCAGCGAUAAUGAUGAAGAUAAAGAAAUUACUAACAUGAAGAAGAAAGUGCCAAAGAAAUCCGGAGGAUUUCAAUCUAUGGCUUUGAGUUUUCCAGUAUUAAAAGGAAUCCUCAAAAGGGGCUAUAAAUUGCCAACACCUAUACAAAGAAAAACUAUACCAUUGGCUCUCGAGGGAAGAGAUGUGGUAGCAAUGGCUAGAACAGGUAGUGGGAAAACUGCUUGCUUUCUAAUACCUUUGUUUGAAAAACUAAAGGCAAGACAAGCAAAAACUGGUGCACGUGCCUUGAUAUUAUCACCCACGCGUGAAUUAGCAUUGCAGACACUAAAAUUCACAAAGGAAUUGGGGAAAUUCACAGGAUUACAGCCAGCAGUGGUACUGGGUGGUGAUAGUAUGGAUAAUCAGUUCGGUGCGAUUCAUGGAAAUCCUGAUAUCAUUGUAGCCACUCCAGGCAGAUUUUUGCAUAUAUGUGUAGAAAUGGAUCUGCAAUUGAAAAAUGUUGAAUAUGUUGUUUUUGAUGAAGCUGAUAGAUUAUUUGAGAUGGGUUUUGGAGAACAAAUACACGAAAUUGUAAACAGAUUACCAGAAUCACGUCAAACACUCUUGUUCUCUGCUACUUUGCCUAAAGUCUUAGUAGAUUUUGCAAAAGCUGGUCUAAGCGAUCCCAUUCUACUUCGUUUGGAUGUUGAAAGUAAACUGCCUGAAGAGCUGACGUUAUCGUUUAUUACGUGUCGUCCUGAAGAGAAAUUGGCUGUACUUUUAUGUCUGUUAAAAAGGAUUAUCAAGUCUGAUUCACAAAUAAUUAUAUUUGCAGAAACUUUGCAUCAUGUAGAGUAUAUUCAUCAGAUUUUGGAUAAAGCAGGUAUCUCUAAUACUUUCAUUUACUCGAAUCUGGAUCCUUCCGCGCGUAAAAUAAACGCAGCAAAAUUUCAAACUGGCAAAGCAAGAGUUCUCGUAGUGACGGAUGUUGCUGCUAGAGGAAUAGAUAUACCACAUUUAGAUUAUGUGAUUAAUUUCAAUUUUCCCGCAAAAUCUAAACUCUUUGUACACAGAGUAGGACGAUGUGCGCGAGCUGGACGUACUGGAACGGCAUAUAAUAUCGUGAGCACAGAUGAAUAUCCUUAUCUCCUAGAUUUACAUCUCUUUCUUGGCCGACCUUUGACGAUAAUGCCAACUACAGGAUCCAUUGAAAAUGCAGAGUCUGCUGUAGGAAAAAUGCCACAAACCAUGAUAGAAGAGGAACUGGCGGAGCUAAUAAAUUGGCAUAACACAUCUACGGAUCUUACAAAUAUGCAAAAAGUGUGCAGCAACGCUUAUCAACAAUACAUCAGGUCACGACCAAACGCUUCGGUAGAAAGUAACAGAAGAACCAAAGAACUUCGCAUAAACGAAGCCGGAGUUCUACCUCAAUAUUCUAAUGUUCCUUCUGCAACUGUAGAUCUAAUAUCAAGGAUGAAAAAUUACAGACCGCCGGGAACGGUAUUUGAGAUUGGUACGAAAACAAAUUCAACCGACUACCAGGCGAUGAAGACGAAACGAACGUUUCAUAAGGAGAAUAUCCUUAAUUUUCACAAAAAGCUGGAAAAACGUGAAACCGAUAAAAUUAAUGCAGCAUCAGAAUUGCCUCAAAAAGUUGAUCUGCCAUCCAGUAAUGCUGAAGAAAUUAAUGCUACAUUUAGGAGAGUGAUAGUUCCAAAGAAGAAGAGUAGUGAUGAGCUAUAUAAAAUUUCAAAGAAGAAAAGACGUGUAGUGAAACGGGAUGAAGAAUAUUAUAUACCUUAUUCCGCAUCAGACAAAUAUACGGAAGAUGGUUUGGCGGUUAACACAUUUGCCACAGAAGCUGAUAAAGCACAGAUGGAUUUAACGGCAGACACUGAAGAGGGCCGACAUCUUCAGACCCAAUUAAAAAAAUGGGACCGAAAGAAGAAGAAAAUGGUUACCAUCGAUAAGGAUCCGAAAGCGAAAAAAAUACGUACCGAAUCGGGUGUAUGGAUACCUGCUACGUAUAAAACAAAUCGCUACAGCAUGUGGAAAGAGAAGUCUAAAAUUAAUGAAGAUGUUAGCGAAGACGAUAGUGAAGAAGAAUCUCCACAAAUGCAAAAUUUGCGGACCGCAGCAAACACGCACUGGGCGCGGCACAACCAGAAGCUUAAAGAAAAAGUAAAAACAAAGAACGAGCUGAAGAGACCCGAGCAAAUCUUAAAAGCGCGCAAGCUGCUUGAGAGCAAGCGCAGAAGACAUGGCGGAAAAAGAAAUAAAAGUCAGAAGAAUAAUAAACGGAAACGUUAAAACAUUUUUAACAUUCAAAAUACAUAAUUCAAAUCAUACUUUGUGUAUCCUUUAUUUCAAAUGAUCUAAGGACAUGUUAUAAUAACAGUCUGGUUUUUUGUAAUUAAGAACAACAUGAUUUUAAAGAAAUAAAAAUAUAUAAAUUUUGA